GAAGGGGGAUGGGGUUGGUUUGUAGUUCUGGGAUGUCAUCUGCAACAUAUAAUAAUUGGAGGUUUUGAGAGAUCUGAUGGUGUACUGUUUCUGAAACUUAUGAGUAAAUUUAAUGGUACUGCUUCAGCUACAUCGUGGGUUUGCUCCCUUAGUUCUACUGUACGAUUAAUGAUAGGUCCAUUAGCCAGUGCUAUGUGUAACAGGUUUACAUGUCGUUAUACAACAUUUGUUGGUGCUGUGUUAUUUGCUGUUGGAGUUUUACUAAGUGGUCUAGCUCCAAGUUUAGUGUAUCUUUAUUUCACUUAUGGUGUUCUUGGAGGUAUUGGAAGAAGUUUAAGCUAUACCCCAGGAUUACUAAUAGUGGGCUUAUAUUUUGAUAAAAAACGUGGAUUAGCGUCAGGAAUAAGCUCAGCUGGUGUUGGCAUUGGAACUUUUCUUUUACCUUUGGUAUUUGAGAUUUUAUUUGAAGAAUUUGACUUUUUUGGAGCUUUUCUGAUUCUUAGUGCCAUACCUUUAAAUUUGUGUAUUUGUGCCAUGUUAUUCCGACCAUUAUACAUUCAUCAUAGCAUCAUAACUACUGAAAACACAACAACCUCAACUGCAACUCAAACAGAUCCUGAAAUGGGCAAAAACAGUCUUCAGAAAUUCUACAUGAAAUAUAUUAAACCACAAAAAACAGAGACAAACCAAAGGAAACUGAUUGAUUUUUCUCUUUUGAAAAUUCCUUCUUUUCUGUUCUUCUGUAUCGGCAUUGCCAUCUUUACUGCAUCCUUUAAAUCAGCUUUUACAUUUCUACCAGCUUUAGCGAAGGCCAACGGAUGUACGGAACGUGAAGCAGCUUUAGUGAUGUCAGUUACAGGAAUAGUGGACACAGUUUCUCGAAUCGGAGCAGGAUUUCUCCUGGAACUUGGACCAAUUAAACCAUUUCGUCCAGUAGUUUACAAUGUAGUGAUGUUUGUCAUUGUUUUGGUGACGUUUCUGUGUCCACAAGCUGAAGGCUUUUUAGAAUAUUGUUUAGUUGGUUGUGUUUAUGGAUUAUUGACUGGUGGAUAUAUAAGUCAAAAGUCAGUAAUAAUUGUAGAUAUUCUAGGAGCAGAUAAGAUUUCUCAUUCUUUUGGAUUAAUGAUCUUUUUUCAAGGACUGGGAACUCUGGUGGGACCACCCCUAUCAGGU